UACUAGGUUUUAUUGACGGGCUUGUUUGUAGGUCAUCUCCAUUGUGUGUGCCCUCUCAAAAAGGACGUCAAUCCCUUUGAAGUUUUGAAGUCUUAAAACCUGUCUUGUUCUUCUUCUUUUCAGAAUCCAGUUCUCUCUUUUCGCUUCCCAUUGUCUCAGUUGUUUCUGCCUGAAGCAGGACCAGCCACAAAAAUGCUAUCUUUGAAUGUUGUUCCAUCAUCAUCCUCUGUCACUUUCAGCAAACCAAGUCACCAAUGUUUCAUAAAUGCACCUCCCAUUCUCAAACCAAAUCUUCUCAGCAGGCCACAUGAAUCAGGUCUCAAAAGUUCCAAUCUUUCUCUCAUGCACACAUCUCGGAUCCAACAUUCUAUAACAAAUUUAAGCUGUUCUAACAGAUUCCUUUCACACCCUUUUGAGUUCUUAGCAAAACCCAGAAAUCAAAUUGUUAAGGCAGCAUCUAAUGUUAAUCCUGAGGGAGAAGGUGCUGUCCCCAGUAAUCCCAAAUCUAAGAAUCUCAAACUUGCUCUAGUAUUUGGGCUAUGGUACUUCCAAAACAUUGUCUUCAAUAUUUACAACAAGAAAGUGUUGAACAUAUUCCCAUUCCCAUGGCUUCUUGCUUCUUUCCAACUCUUUGUUGGGUCCAUUUGGAUGUUGGCCCUCUGGACCUUAAAGCUUCAACCUUGUCCAAAAAUCACAAAACCUUUCAUCAUUGCUCUCCUUGGACCUGCUUUGUUCCACACAAUAGGACACAUAUCAGCUUGUGUUUCAUUCUCUAAGGUUGCUGUGUCCUUCACCCAUGUCAUCAAAUCAGCAGAACCUGUUUUCUCUGUCAUGUUUUCUUCUGUCCUUGGUGAUAGAUACCCCAUUCAGGUUUGGCUCUCAAUUUUACCUAUUGUGCUUGGUUGUUCCUUAGCAGCUGUCACUGAGGUGUCUUUCAAUGUACAAGGAUUGUGGGGUGCACUCAUUAGUAAUGUUGGUUUUGUAUUGAGGAACAUCUAUUCUAAAAGGAGUUUACAGAAUUUCAAGGAAGUUGAUGGUUUGAACUUGUAUGGUUGGAUUACCAUAGUUUCAUUGCUCUACCUGUUUCCAGUGGCUAUUUUUGUAGAAGGAUCACAGUGGAUUCCUGGGUAUUACAAGGCAAUAGAAGCUAUAAGCAAACCAUCCACAUUUUAUAUAUGGGUUUUGGUGUCUGGUGUGUUCUACCAUCUAUAUAAUCAAUCAUCUUACCAAGCCUUGGAUGAAAUUAGCCCACUAACUUUUUCAGUGGGAAACACAAUGAAGAGAGUGGUGGUGAUUGUUUCUUCAGUUUUGGUGUUCAGGAAUCCUGUUAGACCACUUAAUGCCCUUGGAUCUGCCAUUGCUAUUCUUGGAACAUUCCUGUAUUCACAGGCGAAUUCCGCAAAGAAAGCAAAGAAAAUUGAAGGUGAAAAGAAUAGUUAGGGAAAAAAAGAAACAUUACUGAGAGAAAACCCUUGAUUAUUUGAGUAUUUCUAUUAGGCGUGUUAGAUUUAGACAUGAAUAAUGAUCUUCCAUUCUGGUUUCUUUUGAACAAUUGCUAUGGUUUCUCUAUUGAUGUUUGAAAGCAAUUUUACUUGAUUCGGUUUAUUUUCAUGAAUAUAAUUCAUCUAACUUGAUUUAUAUUGAAUACAUCAGGCAUAUAUAAGAAAUU